CAGUGCUCAGCCUGCAGAGGGAAUACCGGGGCUCCAGGGAUGCGCUGAAGCCUUUGAACUGCGCUUUGUUUCUCCAGCCCCCUCGCACACGUGCUGCAGGACCGGCCCGGCUCCGGCACAAGCCCUGAGCUCCUGCCUCCAGAUGGCUCCCCAGAGGCUCUGCACUCUCUCCGUGAUGCUGCUGUGGGGCUGCGUGGUGGCCUCCUCCUCCUCCCACACCUCAGUUACUCCCCCACGAGACCUUCAGAUCACUGACCCUGGACUUUUAGGUUCUCUUGAUAUAGAGUGGAAACCUCCACCCGACGCACAGACCUUCCGUGACUGCACAGUGAAAUACAAGUUUGAGUAUCGCAACACUGGGGAUACAGACUGGAAGGUUAUUUUUACUAGGAAGCUAAAAUUCAGAGCUGGAUUUGACCUCAGCAGGACUGCUGAAGUGAAGGUGCAGACCCUGCUCGAAGGACAGUGCACCAAUGGCGUGGAGCUGCAAAGUGACUGGAUUUACGCUACCUUUCAGGUCCCACUGCAAGGAAAACUGGAAUCACAGGUCCAGAAUUUCCACUGCAUCUAUCACGACUGGGAAUACCUCAAGUGCACGUGGCAGCCAGGUCUCCUGCCUCCUCAUGGAGCACAUUAUUGGUUAUAUUAUUGGUACGAGGGGCUGGGCCAGGCAGCACAGUGUGAUCACUACAUCCAGGAUCACGGCCUGAACGUGGGCUGCACCCUGCAAAACCUGAGCCAGGCAGAGUACCAGGAUCUCAACGUUUGUGUCAAUGGCUCAGCAGCAGCCACCCUGCUACGGCCACUGUACACCACCCUUCGCCUUCACAACCUGGCAAAGCCCUCGCCCCCGAGGCAGCUGGUGGUGUCCAUGUCUGCGGCCGAGGAGCUCCACGUGGCGUGGAGGCCGCCGGGCGGCCAAACCCCGCCACAGUGCCUGGAGUACGAGGUCGAGAUGGCAGAAGAUCUGGGGGAGGCCAAGGCUGCCUGGGCGCCUGUGUCGACCCAAAUGGAGACUGCUUGCACAAUUCCCCGAGCAAAUCAAAGCCACAUUUCCUGUGUUCGUGUCAGGGGCAGAACAAACAUUUUUUGUGCUGACCAGGGCUUUUGGAGCGAAUGGACCCAGGAGUGUUUCUCUGUGUACAGAAAAGAGGACAAGCAGCUAUUUAUCCUCAUUCCAAUCAUUCUGAGUUUGUCAUGUAGCUUCAUAAUAUUUAUGUUGAUUGGCCAGUGCAAGAAAAGAUCCCCAGCAGGGAAGCCAUCGCAGGCGGCUGUGGGAUGCUGACUCUGCUUGCGACUGCUGUACCGCUUGUGUUUGAUGGAUUGCUCCUGGAACAUCAUCCCAAGGGCAGCUGAGAAGCCCCUGAGCUUUCCACAGCCCUCAGGGUCCUUCCCUACCUGCUGCCGCUUGUGAAGCCGGUUGUUGCAAUUCAAGUCCUUAACGGACCCAGGGAAACUGGAGGAGUUUUAAACUGGCCCUGCAGGAAAACUGGAAGGGUUUUAAGCUGACUCUUGAGGCAAGCUGUGUCUGAUAACCCCACAAGGGAGAGAAAGGAGGCAGUGGAAACUGCCGUGAAUAAAGAUAACACAUUGUUC